UCUGGGCGCCGCCCCGCGCACGGGGGCGGAUCCUGCGCGGCGGGGCCGGCGGGCGGCGAGCCGCGGGCGCGGGCAGCCCUCGGCGGCGCCCCCGCAGGCUCCCCGCACCGCGCACCGCGGCUCUGCCGCACAUGGACGCGCGCUCCCGCCUGCACCUAUGCUGUUUGGAGAUGACAACCAAAAGGAAAAUUAUCGGCCGCUUGGUGCCCUGCCGGUGUUUUCGUGGUGAAGAAGAAAUCGUCUCAGUGUUAGAUUACUCUCACUGUGGCCUACAGCAGGUGCCAAAGGAGGUUUUUAACUUUGAGCGGACAUUAGAGGAGCUUUACCUAGAUGCCAAUCAAAUAGAAGAGCUACCUAAGCAACUGUUCAACUGUCAAGCUUUACGCAAAUUGAGUAUACCAGACAAUGACCUUUCCAGCCUGCCAACCACUAUUGCUAGCUUAGUUAAUCUCAAAGAACUUGAUAUCAGUAAAAAUGGAAUUCAAGAUUUUCCAGAAAAUAUUAAAUGUUGUAAGUGUUUAACAAUUAUUGAAGCCAGUGUCAAUCCAGUCUCUAAGCUGCCAGAUGGCUUCACACAACUUCUAAAUUUGACCCAGCUCUAUCUAAACGAUGCCUUUUUGGAGUUUCUUCCAGCUAACUUUGGAAGACUUGUCAAAUUGCGAAUUUUGGAGCUAAGAGAGAAUCACUUGAAAACUCUACCAAAGUCAAUGCAUAAACUGACUCAACUGGAGAGACUUGAUCUGGGCAAUAAUGAAUUCUCUGAACUGCCUGAGGUUCUGGAACAAAUACAAAAUCUAAAGGAACUGUGGAUGGACAACAAUUCUUUGCAAGUACUACCUGGGUCUAUAGGGAAGUUAAAACAGCUCGUGUACCUGGAUGUGUCAAAAAACAGGAUAGAAACUGUUGAUUUGGACAUAUCGGGAUGUGAAGGACUGGAAGAUCUCCUGUUGUCCUCCAACAUGUUGCAGCAACUGCCAGACUCCAUAGGACUGUUGAAAAGGCUUACAACUUUAAAAGUUGACGACAACCAGCUUACAAUUCUGCCAAAUGCAAUUGGAAAUUUAUCUUUAUUAGAAGAAUUUGACUGCAGCUGUAAUGAGUUGGAGUCUUUACCUUCUACCAUCGGCUACCUUCAUAACCUGAGGACAUUGGCUGUUGAUGAGAAUUUCCUUCCUGAACUGCCCAGAGAAAUUGGAAGCUGUAAAAACAUAACAGUGAUGUCUCUGCGCUCUAACAAGCUAGAAUUUCUUCCUGAUGAAAUUGGUCAGAUGCAGAAGCUGAGAGUGUUAAAUCUGAGCGAUAACAGACUGAAGAAUUUACCAUUCACUUUUACAAAACUUAAAGAACUCGCAGCUUUGUGGCUUUCUGACAACCAGUCCAAGGCUCUCAUUCCACUGCAGACUGAGGCUCACCCAGAGACAAAGCAGAGAGUACUGACUAACUACAUGUUUCCCCAGCAACCCCGCAGUGAUGAAGAUUUCCAAUCAGACAGUGAUAGUUUUAACCCUACUUUAUGGGAGGAGCAGAGACAGCAACGUAUGACUGUUGCCUUCGAAUUUGAAGAAAAGAAGGAAGAGGAGGAAAAUGCAGGGAAAGUUAAGGUUGAAAUAAAUCUAAAACGUUAUCCCACUCCAUACCCGGAGGAUUUAAAGAAUAUGGUAAAAUCAGUUCAAAAUCUGGUGGGCAAAACAAGCCAUGGAGUACGGCCUGAGAACUCAACACCAACCGUGAACAGUGAACAAACUGUGAAAGAAAAGUAUGAGCACAAGUGGCCCAUGGCACCAAAGGAGAUUUCAGUGGAGGAUGCUUUUGGACAUCCUGCCAGUGAGAUGAGAAUAGGGGAACUUCGUCCUUCCAUGCCAGAGACUCCGUUGUACCCACCCAAACUUGUCCUUCUGGGUAAAGAGAAGAAAGAAUCAACAGAUGAGUCUGAAGCAGAUAAGAUGCAUUGUCUGAAUAACAGCGUUUCCUCAGGCACUUACUCAGACUAUUCCCCUUCCCAGGCUUCCUCAGGGUCCUCCAAUGCGCAUAUUAAAAUGGGGUCCUUGCAGACAACGGCUAAAGAAGCAGUAAAUAACUCCUUAUGGGGGAACAGGCUGGCACAGUCAUUUCCACAGCCCCUUGAAACAAAGCCAUUGCUGAGCCAGCGGGAAUCUGCUCCUGCAGGGAACCUGCCGCAGCGCACCGACAGGCGCCCACUGAGUGACACCUUCGCCGACAGCUGGAAUGACAGCUCGCACUAUGAUAACACAGGGUUCGUUGCGGAGGAGAGCGCGGUGGAGAAUCCUAGUGCUAACCACCUCCUGAGCUCAAAAUCUAGAAGCACAUCUGCGCAUGGACGCAGGCCAUUGAUUAGACAAGACAGGAUAGUUGGCAUUCCCCUGGAGCUGGAGCAGCCAACACUCAGAAACACACAUGAAUCUGAAGUGCCUCCUCCCAAUCCUUGGCAAAAUUGGACCAGAACUCCUAGUCCUUUUGAAGACAGGACAGCUUUUCCUUCCAAACUGGAAAGCACCCCCACCACCAGCCCUUUGCCCGAGCGGAAAGAUCAUGUCAAAGAGUCUCCUGAGAUGACUAGCACUUUCACUCCAGGAAUAGCAUGGGAAUAUCAUGAUUCAAAUGCUAACAGAAGUCUCACAAAUGUCUUUUCACAUAUCCACUGUCGCCCAGACCCUUCCAAAAGUGUUAUUUCAAUCAGCAAGAGUACAGAACGUCUUUCUCCAAUGAUGAGGGAUUUGAAAACUAACAAAUUUAAGAAGUCACAAAGUAUCGAUGAGAUAGACAUUGGUACAUACAAAGUGUAUAAUAUACCCUUAGAAAACUAUGCAUCUGGUAACGAAACUGUAGGAACCCACGAGAGGGUGGACAAGCUCCUGGGCCCAGAGCACGGCAUGCUGAGCAUGUCUCGCAGCCAGUCAGUCCCCAUGCUGGACGAUGAGCUGCUGACCUAUGGCAGUGUCAAGGUGCAGCCACAGCAGAAGUCAUCUGUCACAAAGAAAGUCUACCAGUUUGACCAAAGCUUCAACCCGCAGGGAGCAGUGGAGGUCACAGCGGAGAAGAGGCUACCGCCACCUUUCCAGCUCAACCCUGAGUACAUUCCCCAGCAGACUAAAAACUUGCCCCAGGAGCUGGUCAGUCCUAGAGCCUACCACGGCUAUCCCCCUGUGGAGCACAUGUUCUCCUUCUCCCAGCCUUCGGUGAAUGAGGAUGCAGUCGGUACUCCCUUUGUGAGCCAGGGGUCUCGGCCGGGGUUCUUGAGGAGAGCGGAUUCGUUGGCCAGCUCCACUGAGAUGUCCAUGUUCAGGAGGGUCAGUGAGCCCCAUGAGCUGCCCCCAAGUGAUAGAUAUGGCCGGCCUCCGUACCGAGGAGCCAUGGAGCGCCAAAGCAGUAUAUCAGUCUCUGAGUCUCAGUUCCUCAAGAGGAACGGCAGGUAUGAAGAUGAGCAUCCUUCCUAUCAAGAAGUGAAAGCCCAGACUGGAAGCUUUCCAGUUAAAAACCUUACACAAAGGAGGCCGUUGUCUGCAAGAAGCUACAGUACAGAGAGUUACGGCACAUCCCAAACCAGACCGGUUUCAGCGAGGCCAACAAUGGCAGCGCUGCUGGAAAAGAUACCGUCAGACUAUAACUUGGGUAACUAUGGCGACAAGCCUUCCGAUAGCAGUGAUAUAAAGACAAGGCCUACCCCUGUGAAGGGAAAUGAGAGCUGUGCUAAAAUGCCCGCUGACUGGAGACAACAGCUACUUAGACAUAUAGAAGCUAGAAGGUUAGACAGGACCGCUGCUUACAAACACAACACAGUUAGCCUUGGCAUGCUGCACUCUGGAGGGUUUUCAGCAAUGCAUGCCGGCAGAAGCAUGACUUUAAACUUGCAGACUAAAUCUAAAUUUGAAAACCAAAUGCUUCAAGAGCUACCUCUACCGAAAACCCCAUCACAGCAGAGCAGCAUCCUGGAUAACGGGCAGGAGGAGGUGUCUGUGACCAGCCAGUGGAAUCCCUACCCGCUGGGGCGACGGGACGUGCCACCGGACACUGUCACCAAGAAGGCAGGUAGCCAUAUCCAGACUUUAAUGGGAUCGCAAAGCCUGCAGCAUCGGAGCCGUGAGCAGCAGUAUGAAGGAAACAUGAACAAAGUCACCAUUCAGCAGUUUCAGCCACCACUGCCUAUUCAGAUUCCCUCUUCGCAGAGCUCUCGAGCGCCUCAGACAGGGAGAUGUUUAAUCCAAACCAAGGGUCAAAGAAGUACAGAUGCGUAUCAGGAGCAGUUUUGUGUGAGGAUAGAGAAGAAUCCUGGUCUUGGUUUUAGUAUCAGUGGUGGAAUAAGUGGACAAGGAAAUCCAUUCAAACCUUCCGACAAGGGUAUCUUUGUUACUAGGGUUCAGCCUGACGGACCAGCGUCCAGCCUGCUCCAGCCUGGCGAUAAGAUCCUCCAGGCAAACGGACACAGUUUUGUACAUAUGGAACAUGAGAAAGCCGUACUACUACUGAAGAGUUUCCAGAAUACAGUAGACCUAGUUAUUCAACGUGAGCUUACUGUCUAGAUAUUUUUUUAUAAAUAGUAAAUACGUCUAGCCAGAUCUAAUGUUCAAACAGAUUUAUACAUAGGAAACAAAUUUUUGCCAAUUGCUGGACCAAUGGCAAACAGUAGUGCCAAAUGUAUAAUACUCUAUGUUAGUACCAAUCAUCUUGGAAAAAAAUAUAUUAACUAUAUAAAUAUAUUGUUCAUGUGGCUAUGUAUUAGUUUUAAUUGUCAGCCUCUGGCUGUGCAUUGGUGCGUUUUUUUAAUCAAGUUACUUCUUAAAGUCAAUUUCAUAUGAGUUCAAAACACAGAAGCACAUACAAAUCCUUUAGGAAUUCUGCUGUCCAUCAGAAACACUGCCUCAAAGUUGUAUAUGCCUUUAUAAAGAUAAAAUAUAUUAACCUGUACUUCCCAUAAAAUAUUUCUAUCAUGUCACAUACAAAAAUAUAGAGAAAAAAUAUUUUCAUAAACACCUCAAAGAAAGUAUAUAUUAAAUUAAAUUUAAUAAUGUUCAUUUAUUUUCAAUGCAAAGAUAUUAUAUGCCUUAUGAAAAUACCUGUACAUAUGCAGUGUGUAUAGCUGGCUCCAUAUUAAUUAGUAAAAAAUGUCACUAUACAGGGUGAGAUACUUAAUAAAUCAUACUGUCAACUCUGGGACCUAGGUAUAACUAACCUACAUGGAAAAUGGUUAACCUCCUUCUGUUUGACACUUUCAGUUGAUUCCAUGUGAACACACUAAAUGGACUAACAGUGAGUUUAGACAGGUAUGGUUCAUUAAUGAAGAGGUUGUGAUGGGUGGCAGUAAAACUUCUUUUGUUGCUGCUGAUUUUAUUAUUUAACUUUUUAAUUUGAAAGUAAAGGCCCUUUACUUACAUUCCACAUCCCUCAGGCUGACACUGUUCUGUAUUUUCCUUCUGGUCCAGACUAUGCCAGCCCCUGCUCGCUGGAUUCACUGUCAGUGAGGCUUUAACCUUUGUAUCAUCUGUUAUUUGAGUAACAGUCUCUGUAAAAUAAUGGGGAGCAGAUUGAAUGUAAGAAAUGGUGCAUCGCAGGGAGAGCAGCGAAUGACACCAAACGAGCCUGGGAAAAGCUUUCCCAUAUAAGUUUGAAAACCCUUUGGGUAAAUGUCCUGGUGCUGUUCCCAACACUGACAGCACAGGAUUUUGCAAAGCUGCUGGCGGUGCAGCAGUUCAGGUGUCCAUCAUGUUUAUAGCCGACAGCAAGGCGGAAAAAACAUGGGAAAACCUCCCACGAGACUUCUUCAGGGGAUCCAUUUCCAUUGAACUGAAUAGCACCAAUGGCAAUGGACAGUAGGGAGAGCCAGAACCUGCUCCGGGAGGGCCAGGCUCACUCGCACCUUUUCCCGCUGGAUUAAGAACACCUUGCAAAACCCAAGCCAGCGAGGAGCACAGCUCUAGGAACAUCUUACUUCUCUGCUUGCAAGAGCCUCUAGAGAGUCUGAAACUUCUCUUCCCAUCAAGCGCAUGCUGGCUGAGGUAAUUACGCUUCAAACGAAACUAAACUGCACAGGACAACGCUGCCAUUACGUAUAAAGCCCUCUCUGCUCUAGGGACUCAGCGUUCCUCUCAUAGAGGUAUAAACACACUCUGGGGAGUUCUGCUGCUCUCCUGGGUGCAGUAAGCAGCAGGCCUGAGCCUCCGAAGGGGCUGCCAGUGAUCCCGUAGCCGUCGUGUCCCUGACAGCGCUGGAACACACCAGCACUGGGAGUUCUGGCACAGGCAGUUGGGUGGGCCGGGGGCUUACGCCAGGUGUGAGGCAAACCAGACAAAGUCAUGGAAGAGGAAUAUGCCGAGAGCACCAAACGUAUAGCAGUCAAUUUGGGUGAGGGGUUUGGGAGAUGGUGGUAUGAUGAAGACCACCAGUGCACACAGGAAAGGAGAGAUGAAGUAUCCCAUAUGUAAAAAUUAAAUUACAGAUUAGUACAGGAGGAACUAAUCCCAAUGUUGUUAUGAAGGAAGUGACGCUUGUACAUUUGCGUGGAAGUCACCUGUGCUCUGCCUGUUUGCAUCGCUCUUUUUCUCCUCAAACAACAGGAAUGAUUAAGUUUGUUAGUAUAAAUAUUAAUGAAACAUAAGCAGGUUCUCAUUUAACAUGAAUUUUACUUUAUCCAUGCAAGCAUUCCUACUGGAAGAGCUUCUGUACCACUGGAGUGGCAACAGAUCACCGGGUGCCACCAUGAAUGGUCACUGAUACUAAUCUUAAAGUUUACCAUUUGAUUUGAUGGCAUUAGGCAAAUAAAUUUAAAUAAUUAAUAUUUUUCAGUAAAUUAAAAUCUUCUUGGUACCAAGCUGAAAAAUCUUGUUGAAUUCACAUGAUUUGGUUUGGGAUCAUUAUUUCCUCAAUUUUUGCAGCUUUCAGGUUUCCAUGCCAUGGAUGUAAUUUCAUAAUGUCCCAUCAAAUCACACAGGCUGUGGGCAAAGUCCAUCUAAAACUUUUUUAACAUUUAUGGCAUUUAACAGGUCAACAUUUCUAUCCUUAGCUCCUCAUUGCCCUUUAAAAAAAAGAAAUAAGGAUUUAUUCAACAUCAUGUUCAGAAAAGUGUAGACACAUAACUUCUAGUUAAUUAUAUUAAAUAGGAAUUAGGUCCGUUAAUAGACAUUUAUGCUCCUAAAUUCCUCUAUGGAGCUGCCUUUGUUUUUUUGUGCAGAAAAUCACUCUGCGACCUUGAACACACGCAGCGAUGCAGCCUCUGCCAGCCUGCCCGUGCUUCCCACCCCAUAGGCAUUGCCUGGUAGCACAGCUCUCCAGCUCCCAGAUCCUUCCUGGGGCUCUGCUUCCAGCAGGAAAUGCAGGAAAGGACUAUGGCAGCCUUGUGUCCCACUGGAACACUGUCUGGGGUCUGUAUAGCACACGAUGCACCCCUUGGCUCCCAGCAACCCCAACGACAGGACAGACUCCAGAAAUUAAACGUACAUAGCACCAAAAAUGUGGUAGGGAGUUGCUGGUGUAGGAGGGAUGUGGAGGGCUCUGCCUUAGCACUUGGAACCAAGGUAUUCACUUACAGGUCAAAAUUGGUGAGCUGCAAAAAGCAAGUGUGCUCUAGUGCUUGUUAAUCCAUACUUUGUGCUCGGUUGUUUUUCCUCCUGCUGAGUUUAUUGGAUUUAAAGCACGGUGGCAUGGUCAGUCAGGGCUGUGUGCAGAGCUGCAUUUUAAGACUGCUGAGUGCUUUCAUUAGUAGUUGUAAUGGAAAGGAAAUCACAAUAAAAUUAAGACAGUGCAGAGGAGUGUCACAUUUCAGUCCUUAACUGAGCCCAAACACCCACUGACCCUAGAAAGCAGCUCAGGAGAGAGUUUGGACUCCCAGCUGAAACACAUAGUAGCGCAGCUUUAACAUCAAUGCCCGCUGCCCCAGAAAAUACCAAAUAUUUUCUUUUUUUCAUUAUUUAAUUCAAAUUGGCUGAAAGAAUGUUUAGCUCCCACUAGUAUUAUGAACAAUUAAAAUUAUUUUAAUGGACUAUUUAGGAUUUUUACAUUUGUCCUUCAAAAUAACUUGCACCUUUUGCCUUUCCUGGGAGGUCUCACAGAACCUCACAGGCACAAUCAUGUACAAUCUGGUUUGCAGGUCGCACACCAAGUGCAUGUAAUGACGAUAUUUUAUUUUAUUUACUAACUAUGCUUACAUGGCGAGUGCCAGAGGUGGGUUACCCCCCACCCUGAGGUGAGUUCCAUGUGAGGGUUCAUUUUCAUGCGUGUGAAUGAAUUUUGAUCCAGGCAAGCACAAUCUCAAAGCACAGAUUGUUUCCUUUAUGUUCAGCACUCCCAGCUACACCGUGUUUUCUCGCACACUGUCCACACAAUCUCCCAAACUCAGCAUCUUUCUAAAGCCGCUGAUGGCAAUGUUAACGCUGGCUGAAGCGGGCUGUGUUAGCCAUCCCGCAGGCAGCCCAGCGCACAGGCAGCAGGUCUCCCUGCCAGGUUUCUGCUGCGGUGCUGUAGUGCACCUUCCCACAUCUAUAAUUCUCCUCACUGGGAAUGCACAGUUCAGCUUUGUUAGGUUUUUCCAUGCAAUAAACGCUUCCUUAAUGAACAAUCCUCAGGGAAGGGCUAGAUUAAAAAGAAAGCCUGCGAGGUAAUCCCCUUUACCUCGUUUUGCAACAAGUUUUGAGGAGCUCAGUGGCUGGUGACAGAGCUGCCACUCCUGCGGUGCCCCUCAGACCUCCGGCAAGUGUGCCAUGUGCUGGAAACCCAGUGCCCAUACUGGUAGGAACUGGUUUGCUUUUUUGCAGUUUUGUUAAGACAGCUCUUAAGGGGGGGAAGGGGAGGGGGGUCAGGGGCAAAGGAAAAAAAGCUGCUUCCAAAAUGCUUUUCUUAUUUUGAGAACAAAGUGAAGACCAGACCCCAUGAAGCCAGCAGGGCUCUCCAGUCUUAAUGAUUUUCCCAUUGUCAGCUUGCAGUUUGUAUCUGGGUGUUGAUAAACGAUGAUUUUCCAAAGGCAGUUGUUUGCAAUAGCAAUCAUUUAAUAUCUUCAAAUUCGUUGUUAUGUUUUCCAAGAUAAUUUUCAACAUGUAUGUCUGCAUCUGUGUUCCACGGCACUCUGUUAGCUCCUGAGGUGAGGCUGGGGUGUGCCAGCUGGGGAUGGCCAGGCCAGGCCAGUGUCGCAGCACAGGUACCUGGGCACGACAAGGCUGUGCGUGCGUGAGCCUGCAGGACAGCAAAUGUAACCAUUCCCAGGGGUUCUUUGGGAACACUCAGCCUGAAAUACUGCUGAGGCUUUUAUAGGGUGGCCUUUCUCUGGACAGGAAUGAAAAGACCUUGGAAAUGUUGCUGUAUGAGCUGUAUUUUUAGCUCCUAUAAGAACACCUGAAAAGUGAACUCACUGAUGUUACAGAACACCACGAAUCUUCACAAGCCAAAAAUCCCACUCAAAGUUACAGGAUGAAGUGGUCAGGAGAGUGGUUUGCUGUUACUAGUAAGCACCUGGAAUGUAAAGACUUUCCUUCGUUAAACCUCUCUGUCUUGUAAUAUAGUAUUUGAUUACCUUAGGCAAUCCCAAAAAUGUGGAUUUACAGAUCUGUGUGUCUCUCUGAUAGAGACGUGCAACAGGAAAUGCAAAGGCAGUUUUAAAUGAAACCCCGUACAUUUCAGUGUGCUGAUGAGCAGGCUCUGGGUUCAGGGGAAGACCCAGGGCUCACCCCAGGCUGACUGGGUAUUUGUGGAUUUAUUCCCGUGGCACUAGCCGCUACCUGGAGGAGGGUUAGAGCCUAGGGUCUGUGCUGCCCAGCCUCUCCACGCCAGCCAAGCUCUCCAGCAGUUGGGGCUCUGGCCGCAGCGCUGCCCUUGCUCACACAGCCGGGCCAGCCCUGUGAACGGAAACAGGAUCAGACACCAAGAUCCAUUUGCCAAAACACAUCGACAGGCACAGGGGAGGAUCCUGCUCCAGUGUGGGCUGUGGACCUACCAGAGCGGUAUUUUUAACUGGUGCGAUUUUACAUUUAGGAUUGCCAGAGGAGAAUAAAGGUUCAGCUCAGGUUUGUGCCUCCUGCCCAAAGGCUGUUGUGCCCCCGCUCCCUGCUCUGCCCCCUGCAUUCUGCCAUCAAAAAUGUCAUUUUAAGCAAGCACACACAGAGAUACGAUGUCCUUUUCAGGCAAGCAGAGUUAAGGAUUCAUUUCGCUUAUCUGUCUUGCCAGCGUGAGCGGGACACGCCAUGAUGAUACAACUUUCAGGCCAAUGGUUUGGAUAAGAUAUGAAUUCGCCGGUGGUUUAGGUUUGCUUUGGACGCUCUUGGCUUGGGUGUGUCCUGGCAGGCGCCAACCACAUGUGCAGCAGAGCAAGGGUGCCCAGGGGCCAGGCAGGGCUGCGCAGCCAAUGCCCCCAGCCAGGGAAAAGCAAAUGCCAACAGACAGCAUUUGCCAACCAGUGAUUUGAAAGUUUCUCUUGAAAAAAGAAAACAAAAAACAAACAAAACAAACUUUUUUUGAUCCCAGCAAAUAUUCAGGAGACGAAUGCCAUCAUUGCAUUGCCCAGGAAUUUCCACAGCCCUUAUAAGGCUUUUUCCACAGUCCCCAGCCCAGCCCCAGCCCUGCAGCA